GUGAGCGGCGGGGGGGCCCCCAAAAUGCCAGCGGAACCAGAUCACCCGCAGACGUGACGCCGACACAGCAGCCGAACGGAGAGGGACACGCGGAGACGCUCAGCUGGGGUCCAAAGACGCGCGUGGGUGUCGGAGGGGGAACAGAGAGGACUGAGGUGCGGGAAACGUCGCCCUUGUCUGGGGGGGAAAGAUGACAGUGGUGCCCGGAGAGAACCUGGAUGAGACUGUGGCACUGGCCGCGCUGUCAGCCCAGGAUGUGUACGACCCGGAGCGAGUCGAGAACCAGGAGUGCUGCGAGCGGGUGGUCAUCAACAUCUCCGGGCUGCGCUUCGAGACGCAGCUGAAGACGCUCGCCCAGUUCCCCUCCACUCUGCUGGGGGACCCGCGCAAGAGGAUGCGCUUCUUUGACCCGCUGAGGAACGAGUACUUCUUCGACAGGAACAGACCCAGCUUCGAUGCCAUCCUCUACUACUACCAGUCCGGGGGGAGGCUCAGGAGACCCGUCAACGUGCCGGUGGACAUUUUCAUGGAGGAGAUUAAAUUUUACGAACUGGGGGAGGAGGUGAUAGAGAAUUUUAAGGAGGAUGAGGGCUUUAUUAAGGAGGAAGAGCGCCCGCUGCCUGAAAACGAGUUCCAGCGACAGGUUUGGCUCCUGUUCGAGUACCCGGAGAGCUCCGGACCCGCCAGGGGCAUCGCCAUCGUUUCCGUGCUGGUUAUUCUCAUCUCCAUUGUGAUUUUCUGCUUGGAGACUUUGCCCGAGUUCAGAGAGGAGGCCAGAACGUUUGACGAGCAGCUGGGGGUGAACGGAACCGCGCGCGCAAAGAAGCCAAACCCGUUCACUGACCCGUUCUUCAUCGUGGAGACGCUCUGCAUCAUCUGGUUCUCCUUCGAGCUGUUGGUCAGGUUCCUGGCCUGCCCGAGCAAGCCCGCUUUCUUCAAGAACAUCAUGAACACCAUCGACAUCGUGGCCAUCAUGCCCUACUUCAUCACUCUGGGGCUGGAGUUAGCGGAGCACCAGGGGAACGGACAGCAGGCCAUGUCGCUGGCCAUCCUCAGGGUCAUCCGCCUGGUCCGGGUCUUCCGGAUCUUCAAGCUCUCCAGACACUCCAAGGGGCUCCAGAUCCUCGGGAAGACCCUGCAGGCGAGCAUGAGGGAGCUGGGACUGCUUAUAUUCUUCCUUUUCAUCGGGGUCAUCCUCUUCUCCAGCGCGGUGUACUUUGCGGAGACCGACGACCCGGAGUCGGGCUUCAGCAGCAUCCCGGACGCUUUCUGGUGGGCCGUGGUGUCUAUGACCACGGUGGGCUACGGGGACAUGUGUCCAGUCACCAUCGGGGGUAAGAUCGUGGGCUCCCUGUGCGCCAUCGCCGGAGUGUUAACCAUCGCGCUCCCGGUGCCGGUCAUCGUCUCCAACUUCAACUACUUCUACCACCGGGAGACGGAGCACGAGGAGCAGUUCCAGUACACGCACGUGACCUGCGGCCAGCAGCAGCCGCCAUUUGGAGAGUUCAAGAGAAGCGACAGCAAGCCGUCCCUGUCCAAGUCCGACUACCUGGACAGCGAGGACGCGGACUCCAUCAAAUACACCAACUGCAGCCCGCACAAAGCCUACACCGGGAAGCUCACCGAUGUUUGACUCGGACUCACAAUUACGCAUCAGUGGCGCGCGGAGGGAACCUUUGAGCGCCACCCGCAACAUCCUGCACUCUGGUUUGAGUUUAGACUGGCGAGCUCCUUAUUUCUGCCAUCAAAGGGAUUCAUUUACAUCAGCACAGCGGAUGGAUUAUACGAGAAUUCACUCUGUCUCCCACAAACAGUCUUCCAUUACGCGCCAUGAGUCGGGGGGAAGCUUCGGAAUGAUCAGCCUGUAGCCAGUUGUAGCACUUUAUUAUUGUAAUGUUUCUCUUAGUAAUGCGUAAUUUAUUGCCACAGUGAUGCAGGUUUAAAGUUUACAUUUGCUUUUCUGUUCAUCUGAAGCAGAGACGACACAGGACCAACGUAAUCUAAAUUUACAGAGUGAUGCAGGCGGCACAUGGUGGCUGUUUUUAUUAUGGUCUCCCACAGACACACACACACACACACACACACACACACACACACACACACACACACACACACACACACACACACCUGUUAUUUCACCCUUGUAUUUUCCAUUCAGGCUGGAUGGAGCUCAGUGGUGGAUCAGAUGAUGUGCAGCAGGCUGGAAGAAUCAAUUAUCCUAAAAUUAAAUGACUUUGAUGGCAGAUUUGAUUAUAACCUCUAUUCUGAAAUCACACUGCAGCACAACGAGCCUACAAGACAAGAAGCAGGGCACACGCACCCCGGUGAUAUGCUGAUUUAAAUGUUUCAGGCUUCAGGAGCCUGAAAUCCUCCAUGGCAGCCUGUUUGUAACAGCAUUAUGAAACCAGGUGCAGCUUUUCCAAUCCAAGAGCGCCACUAUGUGGCUGAAACGGGGCCCUGCACCUUUUCACUGGAUGCAGUUUCUAUAGCAACCUUCCAGACUUUUCUGUAUUGUCUGCCACAGGAAUAAAAGGAUGCUGAAGCUGUAGAGACGAGGCUCAGCGAGGCCACAAAACCACCAUGUUGUGGAAGCCUCCAUGUUGUUUGAGUCCAGCAGCUGAAUCGAACGCAUCGUUUCCCUCUUUAACAGCGAGUCUGAGCAAAUGAAACGUAUUCACAUGCAGGUGUUUAACCUGCUGUCCCUACAGCUCAGCCCCCUCCACAGAGAGGCUCCAGACUGAGCUGCAGCCAGCUAUCACGCUCAUUAUCUGCUAUUUUAGAAACAUCGACAAAAGCAACAAAUAUUCAUCACAAGGUCUUUUAUUGAGGCAGGAAACCCCAAAAUGAUUCAAAAUAGAAAAGCUAAGAAAUCCUCCAGAAAUCAAUAGUUUAUGAUACAAACAGACACACUUUGGUUGAUUCAGGUCGACUGAUACUGAGUCAUGAGGCUGAGGAUAUUUUCACCACACAGACAUUAAUAUUUGAGGACAAAAAUAUCAGUUUUUACAUAAAACAAACAUCUUGCUGCAAUGAAUGUUGAGACGAAAUGACCUGAAGCAGGAGAUUUUGAACUGGAAUGAAUCAGGAUGCAGACACUAAUAUUUCUGUGAUCAGCUGAUCAGCCGAGCUCUGACGCUUUCAUUUGAACAGAUUUCAACCAAUAGACUAAGUCGAUCCAUAUUUCAGCACUUGCCCUGAUAUUUUGUGAACUGAUCAGUUCUCGUCAGAUUAAGAACAGUUAAAAAACAGGCCGCCUGCCGUAUUUUAAGGUUUCCAUAAUUAGCUCCGUCAUUAAAGCACCUUACUCCUCCGGACUCCAGGGACGAAUCAUUCAACCAAAUCUAAUGGAAAAAAGGGGGAUUUUUAACAGACUGGAGGAAUUAAACUGGGUCCAGCAGACGUUCCCACAGUGAAGGUCACAUGUUCACCAUCCUGUUGGAUUAUUAACUGAUGGAUUGAUGGAUGGAGGUCUGAUGGAGUUUUUACUGCUGACUCAUCAACACGGACAGACAGAUGGACGGACGGAUGACGACUCUUCAACUCAGACGGCCGACAGACUCAUAUCAGCGGAGGGCUGAUCACACAGACAGGCGAUGAGCCUCCACCUUCGCUUCUCCUUCGCUGCACCCGGUGAAACCAAAAGAGACGCCAUCCCCGCUCCCCCCGCCCCUCCUCCGCCUCCUCUUCCUCCUUCCUGUGACAAACUCUGGCUAAAAACACUGACUCUGGCGGGAAAGGCGGAGCUCUGAGACUCCUCCCCGUCACAGGAGGGGCCACGAUGGGACUCCGAGGUACGACAAACGUUACUUGAAUCAUCUGCUAUGCCUGCUGGCUCAUGGACUCCUCCACAGGGUUUCUGGGAGGUCGCUCCUCUUGCUGUAGAGAAAAACAACGUGUACAUCUGUCUGUGUGUUGCAUAUCAUAUUCAAACCAAAACCUAUUAAUGCAUGUUCGGAAAGUAGAGCAUGGAAACAGAAGAAAACAAGCCUGACCCAACACCGCUAAUCUGUAACACGGGAACAAUGACCACAACGACAACGACAACGACAACAACAACAACAACAAUAACAACAAUAACAACGACAACGACAACGACAACAACAACAACAACAA